AGGUCAUCAGAGCGAAGUGCAGUGCAGUGAAGGCAGCAGAGUGUGAACUGUGUAGUGCACUAGGCAGCAAGAAAUGGAGCUUCAGGCGAGGUGCUUCUGCUUUGUUCUGAUGCUCCUGAUCGCCUGCCUUGCCGGGCUCGAAACGGCGCACGGCGCAGGGGAGUGCGGCCGCGUGCCCGUGGACCAGGUGGCGCUCAAGCUCGCCCCGUGCGCGGCGGCCACGCAGAACCCGCGCGCCGCUGUGCCGGCGAGCUGCUGCGCGCAGGUGCGUGCCAUCGGCCGCAACCCCAAGUGCCUCUGCGCCGUCAUGCUGUCCGACACCGCGCGGGAGGCCGGCGUCAAGCCCGCCGUGGCCAUGACCAUCCCCAAGCGCUGCGCCAUCGCCAACCGCCCCGUCGGCUACAAAUGCGGCCCAUAUACCCUGCCAUGAGGAGGAGCGAAGUGAUGGCACAGGAAGGGCUCCAAACUCUGACUAUCCAACAUAAAGACCUGCCGUAAUAUGCUGUAAUCUCUGCCAUGUAGAACUUUUCAUGGAUCCUCUUAAUAAUGUGGCUGUAACGCCUGACCUUUGGAAUAAAGUACCUUUCCUGGAUUCAAUAAUGCUGUAAAA